GCAUUCAAGUAAAGUUUUGCAACGAUGAAUUUUGGCGGAAAGUUUACGCCGAAAACGCCGAGACGUGAGAAGACGAAUUUAUCGUCGAGUUCUGAUUCAGAAAAAGUGAAAGAUCCAGUAAGCGUUUUCUGUCGCCUGCGAAAUUUAAGAGAUGAAAAUGAAGCAUCUUGCAUCAAGUUGAUGUCCCCAACGGUCCUCUCGUUAAUCUGCCCAAGUGAGUCCAGAGUUCUCAGGAAAGAUACACAUUAUGCAUUCAAACAUAUAUUCACCUCUUACGCUUCACAAAAAGAAGUAUUCGAUCAUAUUGCUUAUCCGUUGUUGGAGGAUCUUCUGAGAGGUAAAAAUGGUUUACUGUUUACAUAUGGAGUUACUGGAUCAGGAAAAACGUACACAUUAACUGGAGACCCUUACAAUCCUGGUAUUAUGCCCAGGUGCAUUGAUACGUUGUUCAAUUCGAUUGCAGAGCAUCAGGCACAAAAGUAUAUAAUUAAAUCCGAUAAAAUGAAUGGAUUUGAGGUGCAGAGUGAAGCAGAUGCAAGAGAUGAUUGUUUACAUGAAAACAGAUCUACAAAAUCGUUGAGGAAGAAAGGUAGUGGUGAUAAAGUUCUUUAUACAAAUGAUGGCACCAGCAUUUUGGGUAUAAACGAAAGAAACUUAUACUCAGUAUUUAUUUCUUAUAUAGAAAUUUACAAUAAUACUGUAUAUGAUUUGUUGGAUGAAAGUGGAGGUAAAGUCUUACAAAGCAAGAUACUGCGGGAAGAUUCACAGAAGAAUAUGUAUGUAAAUGGUGUUGUGGAGCAAGAAGUGAAAUGUGCUGCCGAGGCAUUUGAAUUAUUCAAUGCUGGCCAGAAAAGAAAACGUAUGGGUCACACAUUGUUGAACGCCGAAUCUAGUAGAAGUCAUUCGAUUUUCAAUAUAAGAGUUGUGCAAUUGGAACAAUAUGUAUUGAAUAGUAACGGAGAAAGAGUUAUUCCUGCUCAAAAUCUUUUAAAAGUUGGCCAGUUGAGUUUAGUUGAUUUAGCUGGAUCAGAGAGAAGCAACAGAACUCAAAACACUGGCAUGAGAUUAAAAGAGGCAAGUUCCAUCAAUAAUUCGUUGAUGUCUUUAAGGAACUGUAUGGAGAUUCUAAGAGAAAAUCAAAUUAAUAAUGGAAGUAGAUUAGUUCCAUACAGGGAAAGUCGUUUGACACAUAUAUUCAAGAAUUAUUUUGAGGGUGAAGGCAGAGUGGAAAUGAUUGUUUGUGCCAGUCCAUCUGUUCUAGAUUAUGAAGAGAAUUUGCAAGUUAUGAAAUUUGCAGAUAUUGCCAGUGACGUGAAAGUUGUUAGACCCGAAUCACGAUUUACACCUUACAAGACCAAAGCAUCCAAAUCGAAGCCUACCGUCGAAACUCCAAUUACUAAAAUCAAGGCAACAGCGCCUUUAGUUUUUGGACCAAAAAUACCAUUGCUGAAAUUAAAUUUUGAAAAUAUUGAUGAUUCUAUUGGCGGUAUUAGGAAUUUGGUUAAGAUAAUACAGACGAGGAAGCAAAAAAGUCUGCUUUUGAAUAGAGAAAUUAACGCAAAAGAUAGAGCGUUCAGAAAGAGACUGGCCGAAAUGAAUUCCGAGUACACGUUGAAGAUUAGCGAAUUGAAGAGUGCUCAGCAACAGUAUAAGAAGGAAAAGAAAAAGAGCCAGAAUCUGGAAGUUAAGGUGCUCGAAUUAGAGAAAAUGAACGAUUCUUUGGAUUCCAAGAACGUCCAGCUCGUAGAUAGCAUCAGGAACUUGAGAUGCAACUUGGACGAGAAAGAUUUGAAACUUAAUCAGAAUCUGAUGGAAAGGGAAAAGCAAAAACAGAAGAUGGCAUUGAAGCAGGAGAAAAUGAAUCAGGAAUUGGACGACAAACUGAGGAGACAACGAGAUCAUUUGAAUGCGGCAAUGAGGGCAAAAGAAGAUAAGCUGAAGCGGGUUCGCGAUUUACUGGACGAAGAACACGCAGUAGUGGUCGCUGCAACUCCAACGAAAUCGGUGGUUUCUGAAGUUUCCAAUAAUAAGCCACCAGUUCCUCAUCGCAGCAGACAUGUGGCUGUUGCAAAUAGAAGGCGAUCGAAAUCUGUUGGUGAGGUUUGGCUGGAGCACAACUCUGUGAAACCAGUACCUUUGGGUACAGUUAUGCAGCCAAGUAUGAACAAGAGGAAGUCCGUUUCAAAACUGAGUAAAGCAAGUGACAUUACGCAUCCUAAGCAAUCCAAGUACUGUUUAAUUGCGCAAGAGGCAGACACCGACGGUGAAGUCGAAACGAAGGUGUACAAGGCUGAUAUUCUACCUACGUGUGGCGGUGGAGCCCAAGUGAUAUUCAAUGACGUCGAAAGAUUGAGACAGGAGAGUCCGGUUGGGACACCGCAAAAAUACACUUAA